AUGGCUCCUCCGGCGCCAGCAGAUCCAAAUAAGAGAGCUCCCGCGGGCGCAACUUUCUCUUGGAUUAGGCUUAACUUUGGACAAUGCCCGGAAGGGGCCAACAGGGACACUCUCAGGACGUACACCCGCGUGUACUUAUGGUACAUGAUUUCGAGGACUCUCUUUGCUGACAGUGGUGGGAAGCUGGCCCAUUGGUGUUGGCUCAAGGCGCUUACGGUGUUGGAGCACCGGUGGAGUUGGGGAACAGCGGCACUUGCCUACCUCUAUCGGCAGUUGGACGAAGCUUGUCGCAGGACUGGGAGCGGCGGUAUUGGUGGAAGCUUGCUCCUACUUUCCGUAUGGAGCUGGGACCGCCUAUCAGUUGGGCGGACCAGGAUACUAAACGUGAGGCCAUGGCCUCAUCACCGGAACAACCUUGAUCGGGAGCCCACUUGGGCAUACCUUUGGGACAAUGUCUCCGAGAUGUCGAGCGAUCCCAAGAUCAUGUACAUGCACUACACUGAGGAGUUGGACACUCUUACCGCUGAGCAGGAGUGUCCACCUCAGUGGCAAGACACGGACCAGGCGCUUCAUAGCAACUAUCUCCAGUGGUUUCAUCAAAACACGAGUAUCGAGUUAGUGAAACACGCGUAUGAUGAUGACAUCUUGGACGACCCCAUCGAGUUCGAUGAGGUUGCGCAAAGCCAGCACGACAUCUAUGCCCGCAAAGGGAGAUCGACUUCUAUUGCUUCCGAGCUGAACUUUGUGGGCUACUCCAUUGACAACCAGCAAUUGUUUGGGAACGACGGCUUUUCCAUGGGCGAGGGAUUCACCCAAGCCACAGCCGCGACACUGGCCGCGUCACUUGCCGUGACGGCUUCCGACGGCAAGAAGGUUGUUCAAGCUUUGGAAUACUUCAAGACGGCCAAUUACAACAAGGCUUUCACACUGAGCCAUUGUUGGAUAUUGGUCAAGGAUACCAAAACGGGGGAAACAAGCUACUGCCUUUGA